AUGGCCUCGUUCUCCCUCCCUCAGAUCAACGACAAUCCGGACGGCGGCUGGGGCCCCUCCGCCUCCAAUCUCCCCUCCCAAUUCAAGUUCAAGGAGAUCCCCUACGCCCCGUACUCCAAGUCGGACAAACUCGGUCGCUUCGCCGACUGGAACGACAUCUCGGGCGACCGCCCCACCAACCUCGGGCUUGCUUCCGGCACGGGGGGCGGCCAGGCGCGCGGCGGACCUGGUGGCCGCGGACGGCGCGACGGACAAGCUGCGUUCGGAAGCGGCACCGCGAGUGCCUUCGCCUACUUCCAUGCGGAGGACGAGUCGAGCUUCUCGCUCGUGGACAACAAGGCUACCGCGGCCCGUCGCGGCGGUGGCAUGUCGCGCGGAAGGGGUGGAGGCAGGGGCGGCUCGGGCUACUCGCGUGGAGGGGCACAGCGCGGCGGGCAGCGAGGUGGCUUCCAGGGUGGACGCGGGGGCGGCGGUGGGCAGCGCGGGGGUAGGCGCGGAUGGAGGGACUGGGAGAAGACCGGCAGGGCUCGCGAGUCGUCUGUCGCGAUAUCGCCUGACUGGGCGAUGCUCGAGGAGAUUGAGUUCCAUCGUCUGGCCAAGCUACGGAUGGAAGUCGAUGAGCCUGAAGACCUCGAAUCCUACGGACGCGUCUACCCUUACGACAAGACGUACGAUCGUAUCACAACAAGGACGGAGAAGCCUCUGCAGCUUCUCGACCGCAUAAAGUACAACCCCACCACAUCCGACGACCCUGUCAUCCAGCAGCUUGCCAUGAGAGACACUGCAACAAUCUACACCACGGACGUCAUCUUGAGUGUGCUCAUGUGCGCUCCUCGUUCCGUGUACCCCUGGGACAUCGUUGUUAUCCGCGAAGGCAACAAGCUCUUCUUCGACAAGCGGGACGGCGGUCCGUUUGACACUGUAACGGUCAACGAAAAUGCGGCGGACCCUCCAGCGGAUCCUACGGCUGUCAACCCGAACAAUCCCAACGAGAAGCCCGCGGUACCGGAAACCCCCUCCAUCAACUCGGUCACUUCUCUUUCACUGGAGGCCACCUACAUCAAUCAAAACUUCUCCUUCCAGACGGUCACCGAGACUGCCCCGCCUCCUGCCGUUGAUUUCUCAAAGCCGAACCCGUUCUAUGGACCGGAUGAGACUGAGCCUCUCGCGUCCUGCGGAUACCGCUAUCGUGUCUUCGACCUCGGCAUCACGGAAGACGAAGACAUCCGGUUGUGUGUUCGUACUGAGGUCGACGCGUACACUCCCGGACAAGACCCACGUCAAGGUCGUGGUUUGGUCACCAUCCGAGCACUCAAUGAAUUCGACCCGCGUGCACCGGGUGCCGGCGGCGCACCGGACUGGCGCACGAAGCUCGACUCGCAACGUGGUGCUGUUGUUGCUACAGAGAUGAAGAACAACAGCUGCAAACUCGCCAAAUGGACUGUUCAGAGUGUAUUGGCGGGCGCCGACCUCUUGAAGAUUGGAUGGAUCUCUCGUGCGAACCCCCGCGACAACACCCGACACGUUGUGCUGAGCACAACCUCGACUCGUCCGUCCGACUUCGCGGGGCAGCUCAAUGUAUCGCUUGCAAACGGUUGGGGCAUCGUUCGCACCGUGGCCGAUAUGUGCAUGAAGCAACCCGAGGGCAAAUACAUUCUCAUUAAGGACCCCAACAAGCCGGUCCUGCGACUCUACGCCGUCCCUGCGAACGCCUUCACGGGCGAAGAGGACGACGACGAGGGAGACGACGGCGACGACAUGGAGUAG